AGGCAGAUAUAGAGAGAGGUAGGAAGCAGACCGACACAAAACCAGAGGAGAGGAGGAGGAAGAGCACCAGUGUUAGUAUUGCUCCCUGUGGCUGCACGCUUUUACCCACUCACAUUACAAUCCUGAUUAAAUGAUGGAAGACCUAGCUAAGUCUCAGCCCCCCAGCUUUACCACCUGUGGGCACUGAACUACAUUUGGGAUUACAAAGCCCCACAGGGAAGAUCAGCACUCCGGCAGACCAAGGACCACUGAGGACUGGUCUUUACGUGGAGGAUCAAAGAUGGAACGUGAUAAGGGACAAACACAAACAAGGGUGGAGGAGAGAAGAACACAACAUUGCCCUCUACUCUAAUCAAUUCCUAUCUUGGAGUGUGUGAAGGAUGAAAGAAGGUUGUGGGUGUCUGAAAAUCAAGGGAGCAGUCUCUGAACUUUAGUGGGAUUUAACUGGAAGAGAUACAAACAUGGUGUCUGUGUCUUUCGAAGGCCUCCAUCCAACCUGCCAACUCAACUGUCUGCCUCCAUCUUUUCAGCUAGUGAGAAAUGAUACAUCUACAUAAGGGUGGACGGACCAUGAUGAGGGUGAAGAGGGCACCUUAAAGUGAAGCCUUCUGGAGAAAAGAGGAUUUUCACUGGCAUCACUGAGGAUGUCACUGGAGCCAGCAUCCCAAGUACAACAGACAAUGAUGAGACAGAGCUCUGCAUGAAAGACAGCAUUGAUCCUAGCGGGUCGCACUAACAGAGCCAACCACAUGCCCCCUACAAUGGGUGGGUGCUUUGCAUUGUGUCCUUCCUCCACAUGGCUGACAACAGUCAGCCACAGGGUCGAGGCUCACGGUUGUCUGUGUAAAAUUUAAACAUGCUGCGACUCAAACAAUGAAGUGAUAUCUGAAGUCAGGAUAUGAUGGACGGGUUGGACUUGCUCUAGCAACGUAUCUGUGGCCACAUCGUCUGCUAAGCUCCAGCAGAGAGGUCACCACUGAGAGGGAGCGGCUCUUCCUCCGUCUGGAAUAAUGCGCAUAUCCCCAUUGGUGAUAUCUGCAGCCACAAUGAGCAACAUGACAGUGCUUGACGCUGCUGCCUUUCCCUACGACAUGGACAUGUCUUCCUCUGAGGCUGUAUACCCCAUAGGCUUCCAGGUGUCGCUGACAGGUUUCCUGGUCUUGGAAAUCGUUUUGGGCCUGAGCUCCAACCUUACUGUGCUGGUCCUCUACUGUAUGAAGCAGAACCUCAUCAGCUCUGUUUCCAACAUCAUCACAAUGAACCUGCAUGUGGUAGACGUGCUGGUGUGUGUAUGCUGUAUUCCACUGACAGCCGUGGUGGUGCUCCUUCCUCUGGAGGCAGAAACAGCUAUAAUAAGCUGUUUCCACGAGGCCUGUGUGUCCUUCGCGAGUGUAGCUACUGCUGCUAACGUCCUGGCCAUUACUGUGGACCGCUACGACAUCUCAGUGCGGCCAGCGAACCGUGUGCUCACCAUGGGCCGAGCCGUGGCUCUGUUGGGAUCUAUUUGGGCUACGUCCUUCUUCAGUUUCCUUGUCCCCUUCAUGGAAGUUGGCUUUUUCAUGAAGCCUGACUCGGACCCUGUGAACAAGACUGUGGUCACCGUUGCUCACACAAAGGAGAACUACACAGAGCGGGGUUUGUACUAUCACCUGCUUGCACAGAUCCCUAUUUUCUUUUUCACUGCUGUGGUAAUGCUGGUGACGUACUACAAGAUUCUGCAAGCCCUCAACAUUCGGAUUGGGACACGCUUUCAGCACAACCUGCCUAAGAAAAAGCAGAAGAGUAAGAAUGCCAUCUCUUUGAGCACUGCAACACACGCAGAAUCCACUGAGGCGUCCCAGAGCAGCACAGGGGUCAGGACAGGUGGGAGUGCACCUUUGGGCAUGCGGGCUUCUGUCUCUGUAAUCAUUGCCCUCAGGAGAGCAGUGAAGCGGCAUCGUGAACGACGGGAGAGGCAGAAACGAGUCUUCAGGAUGUCUCUGCUAAUUAUUUCCACAUUUCUGCUUUGCUGGACUCCAAUAACUGUGCUCAAUACUAUCAUCCUCAGCACAGGGCCAAGCGAUUUAACGGCACGCCUCCGUCUGGGCUUCCUCGUCAUGGCCUACGGAACGACCAUCUUUCACCCGCUUCUCUACGCAUUCACGCGGCAGAAGUUUCAGAAGGUGCUGAAGAGCAAGAUGAAGAAGAGGGUGGUGUCUGUGGUGGAAGCUGACCCCACACCUAACAAUGUGGUUAUCCACAACUCAUGGAUUGACCCCAGAAGAAACAAGAAGGUCACCUUUGAGGAUGCAGAAGCCAGACAAAAAUGCCUGUGCUCACAAGACGCAGAAUAAUGGGACUGUAAAGCAAAUGUAAAUAUGUAACAUAUCUAGAGGAACUGUGUAGGAGAACCUGUGAGACUUAACUGUGACAGAAGAAAGAGUGAAAAGACUUGUAAACCUGACAACUGAUCAAGGUAAACUCAAACGGAGUACAGCAAUUUUGUGCAACUUACAAAAUUUAUUCUAAACAGCAAAAAGAUCAUCUGAAGAAUUGAUGAACAAAAUGAAAUUCAGCACAAGGGAAACUUUAGCAACUGAAUGUUUGUGGGUUCAACACAUUAUUUACCCAUAACACUUGACUAAACCUGCAGCAUGUGGUUGUCUGGUUGCCACAGUCAUAGAAUACCUUUUAUUGUCUCUAGUAAAAAAAACACAGCCCCCCUUUUUCCUGCAGACAUUAAACACUGAAAGCCAAAACUCCAAACCGAAUGCUUCUGCAGGUCCUAUCAACAGAUGACAAACUAAAACUGAUGCGCAACAUGAUUUUGGUCACUUCAGGAACCAAGAACAGUAAACUGAGUUCAGCAUUCCCAGGAAAGUAGAGUAAGAUAAUUUAACCCAGGUACACAUGCAGCCAGACAAAGCAUUCCCUUACACACAGCAAAGAAAACAACUUCUUUAGACAGAUAUUGACAUGAGUCUUUUUUCUUUUAGUUCUACUUUAUUUCAGUGUGUUGCAUUGCACCGUAUAGCGUUUCCACUCUUUGACAGUAUCUGCAGGCGGGCUGCAGCCUUUGUCCUGUAAGUGCACUCUUAUAAAAGGCGAUUAGUAACCCAGCUAUGCAUUCUGAGAACCCAGCAUCCUUGAGGACAAAACAACCCAGUGGCAAAAACCUACUUCUCUUUCUUUCCGUGACAAUCCGCUUACUUUGGAAAGUCAACUGCAACCUGACUGACACAACAUCUGCGUACAGAAAUAGAAGGAAGAAAAUAUAGAAGACAAAAAUAAGAGCAGCCAUUAGAAACGCUAAACAACAAGAUCCACCACAUCAGCCAGGAGCUUGUCUCUCUACUGGACCCAUAUAAAGGCUGGGCAACCCAUGCAAUCUGUGUGAGCCAGUGUGUGGUAUGACAAGUGGUCAUGGGCUGCUGAAGAGCCUUGUCCUUGAGAGCCGACCCUAUCAAGCCUGAGGCCUUGUGACAGCACGGUGCAGUAUGGCACACAGAUAACUGGUAGAGCUGAUAUUAUUAACACUUCCCUCCGCUGACAGAGGAAGGUCACACAGAUUCAGAAACCAAUCCAUCUAUUGACAAAAACAGGACUAAAACAUUGAGAUAGUCAAAUUGUUACAUGGUCACAUGUCUUCAGAACCACAGGACUUUAGCCCUGAAUGGUUUAAUUGAUUUCUACAUUUCAUGUGUGGCAGUUUGACACAUAAAACCUACACUCAGACAUGCUACAGAGAAACUUUGUACAGAUGUCCUCACAACAUCUGGAAAAAAUCUUGAUUCCAGCAGAAAGAGAAAAGCACAAAUAUACAGGUGCCUAUUGCUCAGGUCUGCUAGAAAAGACGUAGAGCUAGAAAAGAUCAUUUACAGUUCUCUACAACUGACAAGAGGUCUGACAAGUUCCUCAAUCAGAUUUCACAGCAUUGGAAGUUUGCAGUUAUGUUCUUUUGCAUAUCAAAUGGGUCUUAAUGUGCAUAAAAUUAUUGCGUCCUCUUUUUCGGCGACAACCACAACAUCAUGUUUUACCACUUUUGAAAUGAAGUUGAAUUGAGGCCACACGUCCAUUGAGUUGAGCCCCACUUAUAGCUAACAUCCAUGGGACUCUUCUCUCUCCUGUAAUCUUUUACAGGAGAGAGUUAAGAAGGCAAAAUGUCACAUGACGUGUGGUCGCUUGCUUUAAAUUUCCUGCUCUGACUCCUCUCAGUUCUAAUGAAACACAACCUCCCUCUGUUUCUUGUAAGUAUUUUCAUUUUGUGGUGAUAUUGCUUUAAUCUGUGUUGUGUACACUUGCAUACAUUUAAGCAGUGACUAUAUUAUUUAAUUUAAGGUGCACUUAAAACUACAAAAUAUCAAGAAAAAGACUCUCUAGUCUGAUGAUGAUACUAAUAAUAAAAAUAAUUAUAAUAUUAACAAUAAUAAUAAUAAACUAUGUUUUUCACUGCACAUCAGCAACCCAUUGCAUAACAAUGGGCUAAAGUCCUGCUAAAGCUCUAGAUAUCAUCAGAGUUCCAGCCAUCGCUCCGUAAAGAUGGCACAACAGGUUAACAAUGAAGCUGCAGUAUGAUCCUCUUGUAUGAACCUACAGACCAAAGCAAUCUGCAGUGUUGUCUACUCCCUCCUAUCUACAGACCUGUUGGAAGUUGUGUAAAGUAUAUUGGAGCGUUCCACCCGUGAGAACUAAAAUAAACCAUGUUCUGUAUUUUUGACUGUAUAUUUUUGUGUAAGUAUAAAAUUAGUUCAAUAUGUUUCUGGUUUCGCUGGGUUUAAUGUGUCUGUGCUUUAAAUUAAAACCUAAGCAAUAAUCCCAGCUCCUCUGUUCACAGUGUUUGUUAAGAGAAUCCUUUGGUACACAAUCCUGGCAGUAUUGAAGGAUGUACACCAGCAUGAAAGGCAUAAACCUGGAUCAAUAAUAAACAGUAGUCAUUUCUGCAGAAACAAA